GCUAGGCGCCGGCGGAGGAAAAGAGCAGGCAUGGCACUCUUCGUCGUUCACAGAUACCUUGGUGAUGAAGACAAUGACCCCGAAGACCACUCGCAAGUGCUCCUGCGACGGCUGAAGGAACGGGUAAGAGCUCGACAACAGCAAAAGCAGCAGCAGCAGCAGCAGGAUGAUCACAUGCCUGCAGAAAGUGGACCAAAUAAUGAAAUGCCUGACUUGGACUUGGAGAAGGAAGCAAAGCAGAAGUCCAAAAAGAGGAAGCAAAGUGAGGAAUCCCCUUUUACAGAAGGCCAUAGAAAGAGAAAGAAGAAAUUAUCCACUGAAGGGGGUGAAGGUGUGGAAGAGAAAGACUGUGAUCUUAGUCCAAGAAGAAGUAAAACCAGUGGAAAGGAAUCUAAAACGCCACAAGGAAGCACUGAUGGAGGGGAAGGUAAAACAAAUCGAAGUGAAAUUAAGUUAGCAAGCCAUCUAGAAAAUGACGGCUCAGCAGGAGAGGGGGAGGAUGGCUCGGAAGCCAGAGCAAACGAGAGCCAGGGUGAAGAGGAGCAGACGCUGAAGUCGCCGCGGGAUCCAAAGGAAACCCCCCCACCUCCCAACACAAUUGUUCUUGGUGACUGGGGUUGGAAGGCAGCGCAGAAGAAGAAGGUGGAGCCUCAUCUGCCACGCUGGCUGGCUGAACCUAAGCUGGUCCAGAGGCGGAUCAAAGAGAAUGUUGUCCCACUCCAAGAUGUUCCAGUAAUCCAUCCAAAACUGAGGAAGAAACUGCAAGCAAAUGGAAUAGAGUCUUUGUUUCCAGUUCAGGCCGAGGUGAUUCCAGCCAUCUUGGAAAGCGGGUUUUUGGCCGGGAGAGGUGGCUACCAGCCCAGUGAUAUCUGCGUCUCAGCCCCUACCGGCAGUGGCAAGACCCUGGCCUUUGUCAUUCCGGUGGUGCAGGCUCUGUUAGACCGAGUCGUCUGCCGAGUGCGAGCUCUGGCUGUCCUGCCCACCAAGGAACUGGCCCAGCAGGUGAAUAAAGUAUUCAACAUUUACACUGACGGGACAGGGCUGAAAGUGGUCCAGCUCACCGGGCAGAAGUCGUUUGCAAAGGAGCAGGAGUCGCUCGCCGAGGAGACGCUGAUGGGAUUUCGCAGCCUGGCAGACAUUGUCGUGGCCACUCCUGGGCGCCUCGUGGAUCAUCUUCAGCAGAGCCCCCAGUUCAGCCUGAAAGAACUUCGCUUCCUGAUAAUUGACGAAGCCGAUCGCAUGAUUGACAACAUGCACCAGGACUGGCUGCGGCAGGUGGUGGCGGCAGCUCACUCGGCGGCAGAAGAGGGCUCUGGCACCCUGCAGCUGUUCAGGAGGGCAGAGCAGGGGCCCCUCACGGCAGCCAGAGCUGGCUGCCCCCAUGUCCCCCUGCAGAAACUCCUCUUCUCAGCCACCCUGACGCGGAACCCGGAAAAGCUGCAGCCGCUGGGCCUCUACCGGCCUCGCCUCUUCACACCCAUCUCCUUGGAGAAGGCGACGGAGACCACGAAGAAGUACGCCCUCCCAGAGGGGCUCUCGCAAUACUACGUGCCCUGCAGCCUGCGCUGGAAGCCCCUCUUCCUCUUGCAUUUCCUGCUGCGGCUGAAGUUCUCCCGCGUCCUCUGCUUCACCAACAGCAGGGACACGUCACACAGGCUCUUUCUACUGCUUCGGUCCUUUGGCGGCGUGAACGUAGCCGAGUUCUCUUCCAGGCUGAAUCCAAGGCAAAGGAAGUUGACACUGAAGGAAUUUGAACAGGGGAAGAUCCAGCUGUUAAUCAGCACAGACGCCACAGCCCGAGGAAUCGACAUUGGCGGAGUGAAAUGCGUCAUCAGCUACGAUGCUCCUCAGUUCAUCAGGACCUACAUUCACCGAGUGGGCAGAACGGCUCGUGCAGGGAAAGCGGGACUCGCCUUCACCAUGGUGCUGAAACAGCAGGAGAGGAAGUUUCUGAAGAUGCUGAGGGAAGCCGGUCUUCCUGAGUUGGAGCAGCAGCUGGUGAAGAACACGUCCCUCCAGCCACUCCUCCCACAGUAUGAGGAAGCCUUGGCAGACCUCCAGAAGAUAAUGAAGGAGGAGCGAGCUGAGAAGAGAUCUUGAGAGCAAGUCCAGGCAAGCCAGAGAUGUCCUUCUGAGAAUAAUCAGGGGGCUGGAACUCUUACUUUGUGCUUUGGAUUCUAAUGUCUUGAGUACACAAUGGCAUUCAGAAGCAAACACUAAGGCUUAAGAGCUCCUGGAAGUAUCAAGAUACGGAAGGAGUGUCCAUCGCACGGCUGAAGGAGAGCCAACUGCCAGCCUGCUGUCGUCAAGGCCACCUCUUGCUCCAUCAAAGACCAGCGGAGCAUGCCUUAGCUUGUAAAUAAAGGCUCACCAGCCUUGCCUAUCGAAUUGCUACUCCCUCAUGGCCAAAAGAGGGGAUCAAAGGUUGCUGAGCCCAACUGGGCUUUAAGAGCGAGGGCUCCAUCUCAGGAAGAAGUUUUAAAUAAAGAAAUCAACCUGUGCCUUCUGGGGCAGGCAAGAUGUC